AUGAUAAAUUAGAAAAGAUAAUUUUCAAAUCUUGAAGAAUUUAUAAACUCAUCUCUAUCAACUCACUAAUAGCUUGAAAUUGAACUAGCUUCUUCUUUAUAAAACUGCUCUAAUGCCUAAAGUAUUAAGCUUGAACUGAGGAGUUGUUAAAAUAAUGAUUAGAACAUUACAUUCUUAAGUUCUGCUAUUGCAAGCUGCACAAAUAUCACAAAAUUAUUUCUUCUGCUAGAGAAUAAUGAUAUUCAAGAAGAGGGUGCUAAAGUUUUAGGAUUAGGAAUUUCAAAAUGUACUAAUCUAUUAGACUUAACUAUAGAACUCAAAAACAAUUUAAUCCUAGAGUAAGGGGUAUAAGAUUUAGGCUCUGCUUUAUCGAGCUGCAUUCUUCUUAAAAACCUGUCUCUUAACUUAAUAAACAAUUUUUUAGGUGCAUAAGGGGCAUCAAGUUUAGUUUCUGCUUUAAAAAGUUGUACCAAACUCUAAAAUUUGGAACUUUAAAUAGGUUACAACUACAUUUGUGAUUCUGGAAUGAUAAAUUUGGCAUCUGCUUAGGAGAAUUAUACUUUUCUAUAAAAUUUAAUACUUAAUAUUGAAUGCAAUGAAAUUGGUGAUGAUGAUUUAUCAAGCUUAGGAUCUGCUUUUGUAAAGUGCACUAAUAUGUCAACUUUGACAUUUUUUUUCAGUCAUAAUAAGAUAAGUGAAACAGGUUUAUAAAGUUUAAGCUUUAAUUUGGCUAAAUGCCCUCUUCUAUCAAAUUUAACAUUAGAACUCAGAAGUAAUAAAGAAAGUGAGUCAUCGAAAAAGAGAUUUAGAGAACAAAUUAUGAAAUUAAAGAGAUUAGUUAUCAGAGGCAUUUAAUUUUGA